CCUCGCUUAAUCGGACGGUCGUGCUGUUGUAGCGUUCGGAUCAGGAGGCUGGGAAACAUAUGCAGGCGAUAUCAAAACGGAGGUUAGUUGUGUCUGUGGCUGGACACUGAGGAAGAGGAUGGACCACAUCUGACCCCUGACAUCAUCAGGCCCCUCCCCUCCUCUCUCUCUCUCUCUCUCUCUCUCUCUCUCUCUCGCGUGUGUCACCAUGGCGACGUGUGGGCGGGGCUGCCUGCCGGCCGUGCGUCUGUGCCACCGGCUGACCCGUCUGAAGACGCUGCAGGUGGACGUCAUGGCGACGUCUCUGAAGCGCUGCUUGACCACGCUGGACCUGGCGCUGCUGGGUGUGGGCGGCAUGGUGGGCUCGGGGCUCUACGUGCUCACGGGCACGGUCGCCAAGGAGACGGCGGGCCCCGCCGUGGUGCUGUCCUUCCUGAUGGCCGGUGUGGCGUCCCUAUUGGCCGCCCUGUGCUACGCCGAGUUCGGCGCGCGCGUGCCCAGGACAGGCUCCGCCUACAUGUUCACCUACGUGUCGGUGGGCGAGAUCUGGGCCUUCCUGAUUGGCUGGAACGUGAUCCUGGAGUACAUGAUUGGCGGGGCGGCGGUGGCGCGGGCCUGGAGCGGCUACCUGGACGCCAUCUUUGACCACCGCAUCCAGAACUUCACGGAGACCCACGUGAUGCGCUGGGACGUGCCCUUCCUGGCGCGCUACCCCGACCUGCUGGCGUCCGGCGUGCUGCUGCUGGCCUCCUUCAUCAUCUCCUUCGGCGUGCGCGUGUCCUCCUGGCUCAACCACAUCUUCUCCGCGGUCAGCAUGGCGGUCAUCGCCUUCGUGCUGGUGUUCGGCUUCGCGCUAGCCGACCCGCAGAACUGGGGGGCGCGUGAGGGCGGCUUCGCCCCGUUCGGCCUGUCGGGCGUGCUGGCCGGCACGGCCACCUGCUUCUACGCCUUCGUGGGGUUCGACGUGAUCGCGGCGUCCAGCGAGGAGGCGCGUGACCCCCAGAAGGCCAUCCCCAUGGCGACCGCCAUUGCGCUGGGCCUGGCCGCCACCGCCUACGUGCUGGUCUCCGCCGUGCUGACCCUCAUGGUGCCCUGGCACUCGCUCGACCCCAACUCUGCCCUCGCAGACGCAUUCUAUCGCCGUGGAUACAGCUGGGCUGGCUUCAUUGUGGCCGUGGGCUCCAUCUGCGCCAUGAACACGGUGUUGCUUAGCAACCUGUUCUCGCUGCCGCGCAUCGUGUACGCCAUGGCGGAGGACGGGCUGUUCUUCUCGGUGUUCGCGCGGGUCAACCCGGUGACCAAGGUGCCGGUGGUGGCCAUCCUGGUGUUCGGCGGCCUGAUGGCGCUGAUGGCGCUGCUGUUCGACCUGGAGGCGCUGGUCCAGUUCCUGUCCAUCGGGACGCUGCUCGCCUACACCUUCGUCGCCGCCAGCGUCAUCGUGCUGCGCUUCCAGCCCGAGAGGACGCACGCAUCGGACGGCGGGGGACAGAAGACCGACGCAUCGUCCAGCGACACCACCUCCGCCUCAGUCACGCCCUCCCCCGGGGUCGUCGCCACGGCGACCACCCCCCCCUCAGCACCACCGCCCCCCCCACCCCCCCAGAGGCCGCUGGACGAGACGCUCACGCUGACCUCGCCGGACGGCAGCGAGCCCAAGGAGUACGAGUCGUUCUCGGACAAGCUGCAGCUGGUGGAGCGGGACCGUUACCAUGCCGACGGGACGGGCUCGGGGGGCGUCGGGGGUGAGCGGCGUCCCACUGGUCACCUGAAGGCGCGCUGGGAGCCCUACCUGGGCCGAGCGCUGGGUCGGCUGGACCCCGGCCAGGCCGUGACGCUGGCGGUGGUGAUGCUGAUGGUCAGCGCCGUGUCGCUGUGUUCCGUGCUCGUGUUCGGGUCCGGUCCACUCCGACUGCCCACCUGGAGCUUCGGCCUCCUGCUGACCCUCUUCAGCCUCACCUUCCUGCUCAGCCUUGCCCUUAUAUGGGCACACCAGCAGAGCCCUGACCUCAAGACCUUCCAGGUUCCUCUGGUGCCGUUUGUGCCGGGUCUCAGUAUCCUGCUCAACGUGUUCCUCAUGCUCAAACUCAGCCCUCUCACCUGGAUACGCUUCACCGUGUGGCUUGCAGCAGGUCUGCUGGUGUAUUUCGGCUAUGGGAUCUGGCACAGUAAGGAGGGUCUGCGUGAGCGUGAGCAGCAGGACGUGGACGUGGCGGCGCGUUACGUGGUCCUGCCCAGCGGCAGCCUGGUGGAGACCGUCCAGUCCGUCCAGCCGGAGGGCCAAGAGCACACACACACACACACACACACACACACGCACACGGACACGGACUCCACGCUGGCCCCCAAUGACCACACACACUCCAACAGAUGAGUGUUUGGGGCAGCACUGAAAGCAACCAACCCUGCUGUGCCUGUUUCCUGAUUGUUCAAGUUGUUGUUUAUUCUCUUUCUGAAAUCUUUUGUAUCUCUCUAUCUCUCUCUCCGUCUGUGUCUGUGUUUGUGUUUCACUCUUUAUUGUCUUUAUUUCCUGGUGCUGUGUCCAUUUGUAACACAGUUUUGGUUUGUUUACCAAGAGAGCGGAGGCCUUUAACACAGUUUUGGUUUGUUUACCAAGAGAGCGGAGGCCUUUAACACAGUUUUGGUUUGUUUACCAAGAGAGUGGAGGCCUUUUGUGGUUGAAACGGAACAUGUGUGUGUGUGUGUGUGUGUGUGUGUGUGUGUGUGUACUCUGUCGACAAACAAUGUCAAGUUACUGAUGGUUUUUGUUUGCUUUGCAUGGUAUAAACUGGUCUCAAUGGGUUGGCCCUGAGGUUGGUUCAUGGGCACUCCCAUGGCUAUCUGUAGCCGUCUCACAUAGAUGAUGUCAGCUGCUUCCAUGAUGACACUUCUUAUAGAAUGCUGCAUUGUUGUUGAUGUUGCUGCAGCUGCUGCUGUGUGUUUAUUUCUCUAAGUAGCUGCCGAUCCAUACCUGUGUGUGUGUGUGUGUGUUUGUGUGUGAGAGGGGGUGGUGAGGGUGGUGGUGGUCUCAUGGCAGUUAAACCAGUAAACAUUACAGGGUUUCAUAUAUUUUACAUACAGAGGAGAGUACUAAUCACAUAGUGAUGAUAUCAUCAUACGUGUCCCCACUGUUGUUGUUCACUGUUGGUUGUAGAGCUGAUAUGUUACCAACAGUCAAAAGCUAGCUAGCUGUGGAGCUGAUACGUUACCAACAGACAAAAGCUAGCUAGCUGUAGAGCUGAUACUUUAUCAACAGUCAAAAGCUAGCUAGCUGUGGAGCUGAUACGUUAACAUAAGAACAAAAGCUAGCUAGCUGUAGAGAUGAUUGUUAUCAACAGACAAAAGCUAGCUAGCUAGCUGUGGAGCUGAUAUGUUACCAGCAGACAAAAGCUAGCUAGCUGUAGAGGUGAAACGUUAUCAACAGACAAAAGCUAGCUAGCUAGCUGUGGAGCUGAUAUGUUACCAACAGACAAAAGCUAUCUAGCUGUAUAGCUGAUACGUUAUCAACAGACAAAAGCUAGCUAGCUAGCUGUGGAGCUGAUAUGUUACCAACAGACAAAAGCUAGCUAGCUAGCUGUGGAGCUGAUAUGUUACCAACAGACAAAAGCUAGCUAGCUGUAGAGCUGAUAUGUUAUCAACAGACAAAAGCUAGCUCGCUAGCUAUAGAGCUGAUACGUUAUCAACAGACAAAAGCUAGCUAGCUAGCUAGCUGUGGAGCUGAUAUGUUAUCAACAGACAAAAGCUAGCUGGGUAUAGACCUGAUACUUUAUACUUUAUCAACAGUCAAAAGCUAGCUAGCUGUGGAGCUGAUACGCUACCAACAGACAAAAGCUAGCUAGCUGUAGAGAUGAUUGUUAUCAACAGACAAAAGCUAGCUAGCUAGCUGUGGAGCUGAUACGUUACCAACAGACAAAAGCUAGCUAGCUGGGUAUAGAGCUGAUACGUUACCAACAGUCAAAAGCUAGCUAGCUGUGGAGCUGAUACGCUACCAACAGACAAAAGCUAGCUAGCUGUAGAGAUGAUUGUUAUCAACAGACAAAAGCUAGCUAGCUAGCUAGGUGUGGAGCUGAUACGUUACCAACAGACAAAAGCUAGCUAGCUGGGUAUAGAGCUGAUACGUUACCAACAGACAAAAGCUAGCUAGCUGGACAGUAGCAUUGCACACAGCAUUCCAUUAUUAAGUAUCACUGUCCAGAUUUGUGAUGCUCAUCUUUACUUGGUACCACCCCUGCUGAAAACACCAGCUAGAAACCAGCAAUAUGCUGGUAGCUGGUUUUAGCUGGUCUUUGCUGGUUUUAGCUGGUUUUUAGCUGGUUUUAGCUGGUCUUUGCUGGUUUUAGCUGGUUUUAGCUGGUCUUUGCUUGUUUUCUUCCAGCUCUAGCCAUCGUGGGUGUUGAAUGCUGGACUGAUGUGUACUGUUUCAAUGUCAUGUGUCUCAGUCCCCUGAGGCUCAGAUUCACUCUGCUGAGACGUCUACAAGUGUGUUCUGACUGAGAUUCACACGUUCAUUUCACAUACAAAGAUAUGGUAUUUAAUCAGCAGUCAUUGUAUUUAUUCAUAUUUAUUUGCCAUUAAUAUGUCUGUUAUUUAAUGCCUCUAUUUCAUCUAUUGUGUAUCUUGACAAAUGUCAGAUAUAAAACCUUACCUCUCUCUCUCCCUCCCUCCCUCCCUCUCUCCAUUAUAUGACCUGGAGUGUUGAAGCUCAAGCGCCGCUUGUGACGAGGGUCCUUGCGGUGUCCGUUCCCACGACAGAUUAAAACAUUCUCAUCUAGAUCACACAGUUU